CAUAGAUCUCCACCAGCGAGAAGUGGCCAUCGAUGUGUGGCAGAUAAUGCCAACUUGUAUGUGUUUGGAGGCUACAAUCCUGACUAUGAUGAGUCUGGUGGGCCAGAGAAUGAAGACUACCCGCUUUUCAGGGAACUCUGGCGAUACAACUUUGCUACGGACACUUGGCAUCAAAUGGGCACUGAAGGCUACAUGCCCAGGGAACUAGCAUCCAUGUCACUUGUAUUGCAUGGCAACAACCUGCUUGUGUUUGGGGGCACGGGGAUCCCAUUUGGGGAGAGCAACGGCAACGAUGUCCAUGUCUGCAAUGUCAAGUACAAGAGAUGGGCCCUGCUCAGCUGCCGGGGAAAGAAACCCAAUCGAAUCUACGGGCAGGCUAUGGCCAUCAUUAAUGGCUUUCUCUAUGUGUUUGGAGGAACAACUGGUUACACUUACAGUACCGACCUACAUAAACUAGACCUUAACACUCGGGAGUGGAUCCAGCUGAAACCAAACAACAUGUCCUGUGAUAUGCCAGAGGAGAGGUACAGACAUGAAAUCGCACAUGAUGGUCAACGGAUUUAUAUCUUGGGAGGUGGAACUUCCUGGACGGCCUAUUCAUUAGAUAAGAUCCACGCGUACAACCUUGAAACCAACACCUGGGAGGAAAUUGCCACGAAGCCUCAUGAAAAAGUCGGCUUCCCAGCAGCCAGAAGAUGCCACAGUUGCGUUCAGAUAAAAAAUGAUGUGUUUGUUUGCGGGGGCUAUAACGGAGAAGUGAUUCUGGGAGAUGUCUGGAAGCUGAAUCUGCAAACUUUCCAAUGGGUCAAGCUCCCAGCUGCCAUGCCUGAACCAGUGUAUUUUCACUGUGCUGCUGUCACACCAGCUGGCUGUAUGUAUGUUCAUGGAGGGGUGGUCAACAUCCAUGAAAACAAACGGACUGGCUCUCUGUUUAAAAUGUGGCUGGUGGUACCCAGCCUGCUGGAACUGUCCUGGGAGAAGCUCCUGGAGUAUUUCCCUCAUCUAGCAACUCUCUCCGGAUCUCAGCUUUUGCACCUUGGACUGACACAGGGACUUGUUGAGAGACUAAAAUGAGAACAUCUCAUACUUCCAUUCAAGAAACUCUACGUUCAAGAGCCCUUCCCUCCAAGAAACACUACGUCCCUCCAAGAAACACUACGUUCAAGAGCCCUUCCCUCCAAGAAACACUACGUUCAAGAGCCCUUCCCUCCCCUGUCCCCCAGUCCUCUAUUUAUGGAUACCAGGGAUGGUCUUGCUAAGAAGAUAGAAGAACCUGCUCAACGCCUUAUUCAGCAAAUACAUUGAUGUCAUUCUAGAAAUUUUUAUUUCAAGUUGUUGGAAAUCUGCUUUUUAUUUAUGGAUCUUAAUUACACUACUAAUGAGAAAUGCUCUCCGGGACUAAACCAUAACAUCCAACCAUCAAACUGUUGGCAGCACAUGCUUGCAACUUAAUGGGGGCGGGGGGAGGAAAGCUUAGUGAAUGUCUGAGCUUACAUAUGUAGCAUUCAACGUACUAUUUUCACAAGACUUAUUUAACUGAGAGGAGGUUCAGUGCAGAACAAGAGCCAACCCGUUCUUUUGUUUCGGCUGACACUAAUCCCCUUAACGUCCAGCUGAGCUCUCCCUCUCUAAAAAACAAGAACUCUUGCCGCUUGAAGGCUUUGCAUGCGUUUCAUGGGCAUGUUCCCAUCCUCUUUGAGCUUUGGAAGACGGCCGGAACGUCGCGCAGAGGCAGCGAGCGAAGCUUUGCCUGCGCAGCUUUUCUGGUGCAGCGUGCAGUGAUUUGAAACACCUGUGUCUGUGUUCCUCACCUUUUCAUAUUGAAAGGUUUGCUUGGAAGACUGGGUAAAAGAUGCCACUUAAUGGACUACUGUGUAGUUUACUCUGGGUGGUGAGGGGGGAGGGGGAAAGUUUUGCUGAAUCUUUUUUUUUUAACCCUUUCUGCUCACGUUGCACUCUGAAAGAGCUGACUGAGGAAACUCACCCCCUAGAUUAAUAUUUUAAAGCAGUCUUUUAACUUGCGGUGUGUCAUAGCCAAGUACAGGGUACAAGGCACCCAUGCCAAGGGAGUACUGGUGGUUAUCAGCGUAUAACUUAAUAACGUGUACCUGUAAGCGUUUUGUUUCCUUCCUUUCCAUGCUUCAUGCAUUGGCUUUUCUCUAGAUAGCUGCUGCUUCCUUUUGGGGGAGGGUGCUUCAGUGCAUGUGGUUUUAAUCUGUUUUUGUGAGCGGUUCUGGGGGGUCUUCGGAAGUUAAAGGAUCACUCAUCCCAGGAAAUAUAACAUCUGUUCCUCUUGUUGUAAGCAGUGUCCAUCUCUCUACACGUGCAGGAGAGGAAGGGAUAGCUCUUUGUCUCUUGUCCUGCUCUGCUUUGUAUACUGGGAAGUUAGCUCUAGAGGACACGCGUAAGUGGCCAUCGCGCUCUGAGCAGCUCCACGGGGCUGGCGUCAGGUUUGCGCAAAAUCCUUUUAUGUUGAAGAUCAUUUCAAGUGCCUUUUUUCCCAUCAGCUUUUCCUAGUACUUCCUCUUCCAUCAUCUAAGGCAAAUUAGAUUCUGAGCUUUUACUUCCUUUUAAAAAAACUGAAUUUGUGUUUUAAUAAACCAUAGAGUUGAAUUCACGGUGUUAAUCUGAACGUGACAGGCAGAUCGAGUCGCUGCCAUCCAUCCUGGGGUGCACCCAGCCCUGCUGCUCAGUUGCAGUGUUAGCGCUUGUCCCUAAUGUUAAACUUCCCCAGUUCUUGGGGAAUCUCUUUCUUGUGCAUUUUUAUUGUAAUCUUGCUGCUUUUUUUUUUCAAGGCUUA